GGAAAUUGCAUAGGGAAAGGUCAGUUCGGUAUCGUCUACCGGGCACUCAACCUAGCCAAUGGACAAUUUGUGGCUGUCAAACGGAUUACCUUGGAAAACCUGGACGAGGACAUUGAACAGAUUAUGAAAGAAGUCGAGGUUUUGAAGCGACUCAAGCAUCCUAGCAUCGUCCGUUACUUGGGUAUGACCCGAGAUGACAAAUACCUGGACAUCAUCCUCGAGUAUGUGCGAGGAGGGUCCUUGGCGAACGCUUCGCGCUCUUUCGGAAAAUUCAGCGAGCACCUCGUCGCUUGCUAUGCCGCCAAGAUGCUAGAAGGUUUGCAUUACCUUCACGGCGAAGACGUAGUGCAUUGCGACUUGAAAGCUGCCAACAUUCUCAUCACCAAGAAGGCGGACGUCCGCUUGACGGAUUUUGGUGUCUCGCUGAAUCUCCGUGCAGUGGAGAAUCAAAAGGAUGAUAACGUUGUCGGCACUCCCAACUGGGUCGCACCGGAAAUCAUAUCCCUUCAAGGCGCAUCUACAGCAUCUGACAUAUGGUCCCUAGGAUGCACCAUAGUCGAAUUACUCGAAGGCAAGCCUCCUUGGUCCGAAUUGGAUUCCAAUAUGGCCGUACUCUUCAAGAUCGUGGAAGAGGAAUGGCCCAUCCCUUCGUACUAUUCUGAAGAGCUCAAAAGUUUCCUCGGCCUGUGCUUCAAGAAGAAUCCUUCGGAAAGACCUACCGCGGAGACACUCUUCGACCACGACUGGAUACGAAACGAGAUCGGUCUUGAUCCGGUAAGCUGA